AUGCCGAACUAUUAUGAAUAUAUCCCUGAACCCGUUGAUUUCUUCGCGGAGGCAGCAGCUACGGAAUGUAUCAAGGAGGGUCAAAUUCGCGCGUGCUUCUCCUUAUUAUUUCUCAUAGGGGACAUUUUAUCGGACCAAGAUGUGAAGAAUGAUUAUGUGGUCGAAUUCUUGACGCUUAUGACGUGGUUUCGAAAACGAAGUAGGCAUCAAUUCUCCAUGCAAUACAUUCUAUUCCAAAACAUCAUCCUCAAUAUGAUAUUUGCGCCAAAUGAUACCCCGAACCCAACUGCUUUGGACCCUAUUCCUCUUCUACUUCGAUUAGCUGUCGACACCAAAGUUCGAGAUCCAACGCUCGGCACUGUACGACCGUUCGGUCGACGUGAUCUUAUGCCAACGCCAACACCUGUUCGUCCAUAUGAGUCGAUAAACUAUAACUUCCAAUUUCAUGUCUUCGCAUCCACCUUAUAUCACUAUGGGGUACUCAGAAAGCCGGAAUUCUUCGUACGCGCCAUGGUCGAUGCAUUAGAGCGUAGAUACAGAGAUGCCAGUCGUCUCCUAUUAACCCUCGACGCCGUCCACUGGUGGGUCAUGAACUUCGGCUUCCGGUUAUUUAAACAAAAUUCGAAUAAGAGAUGGGUCAUUACGAGACUUGUGCGGCCCGGAAGUUUGUAUGAGGAACACGUAAUUCGGACGUUUGGCGGGAGCCGCCUACGGGGUUGGUUGACGGUUCACCGCUGGCGGUACUGGAAACGACGGCUCGAGGAAUCGAUGAUUGACGUUGUGGAUAUAGAGACCAACUAUCUGCUGAGCGGCCCGAACAACAUCGCCCGGCAGGCUGCCGAGAAGAUAGGCCGGAUACUGUUGAAAAAUGGUUACGAGGUCUAAGGAGAAGAGAGGCUUCAAGAGGUGAUUUACCGGCGAAAAGAUUACUAAUUACACGCAUGGCUACCUGGUACAGCUGAGCAGCCGAUGACAAGUACGCAUAUCAGAUACCGUUUGUUUUGGUUAUGAAGCGGCUUGGAUAGUUAUUCAUUGUUAUGGAAUAGCGAUUUUGACAUUCAUCCUAAGGCCAGUCCUGAAAAGGGGAGACAUGAAAUCUCAUCUUCUCAUUCAAUCAGCUUUCUCCUAGAGUACUGUGAACUCUGAGCUAACUAGAUACAUACCCGAAUCCUAUCCAGAACAUACUUACGCACCCCCCCUGGGGCACACAAGGUCAUUAUUAUUCUUAUAAUGGGUAAUAUGAGAUAAUAUUUCCAAGUUAUUCAAUCAAGCUCAAGGUGUAUACGGAGAAUCUCGACCAAUGGUAUUUUCACUGAAGUCUACUAUCUAUAGGGAAAUAAAUAUGAGUAGGUAUUUUUGUCCU